AUGCACGAAAACCUUCAAACCAACACGAUUCCACAGGAAGAUAAUUCAAUUUCUAAUAUACAAACACCUUUACACCACCAACAAACACGCGAUCCAGCUUCUUCUCAACAAAGGUCACAAAUAGUCAUGGGUAUUGGACUUAAUACUUGGGUACCACCAACUGGAGCUACAACCACAGCAUCAGAUACUGUAACCACACAAUCAACAACUGCCACCAGAUAUAAUACAAAUGUACCAACUGUUCCCAAAAUCCCCGGAAGUUCAGAGGUUUUAACACAACAAACUGGGGUAACGAUGUUACAACAACCACCUUUUAAAUCUCCUUCAACGGUUCAACCCGUUUCAUUAGUAACUAUUUCUUCACUUUUAUCCCCUGACCCAAGAACCGAAGAACUUUUAAGUGCUUUAAGUAUUGACCAAUUAACGUUAAUUGAAAAAACUGUACAAA